AUGCGGAUAUCGGAGAAGAAAAGUGGCAAUCGCGUCAUUGUCGACAUGACCAGGAAUAACGAUGUUUUGGUGACUAGAAUUGUGAAUCCGACAGCACUCCCGCCUGCCUCCCGUACUUCAUCUACAGAGUCGGUAAACUUCCCAGCACAGUUCACACAAGAGUUCUGGUUUGACUAUAGCUACUGGUCUUUCAAUCGUUCGCCUGCGUACCAGAAAGCCACUCAGAGGACGCUUUACGAUGCGCUUGGAGUGCUGGCGCUUCAAACGGUGUUGCAAGGACGCAACUGCUCCGUCUUCGCGUAUGGACAACCAGGAGCGGGGAAGACGUACACCAUGAUGGGAAGUUCCUGCGCCAAAGAAAAUGGCAACGAAAGUGCACUUGAACGACGGGGUUUAAUCCCACGAAUCUGCCAGGGUUUAUUUGGUGAAGUCGACGAAAGAAAGCGCUCUGGAAACGUAUGUACAGUGCUCAUGAGCUACGUAGAAAUCUAUGACGAACGAGUCUAUGACUUGCUCUCUCAUGAUACAGUCAAGGUGAGUCGUACUCUUCGAUAG